AUGUUCUCUGCCGCUGUGCAGCCUAGCAUCGUGUCGCUGUUCUCAUCUACGGGCAGCUCACCGUUAGACUUGUUCUCCACACACACGGACGUGUCCUUACCGUCAGACUCCUUCAUUUGUCUCAUGAAAGACUCAACGUCGCAGCCCGCACCGCCGCCUCCAGCUUCUCUCAUAUCGCUCGCACACGGAACAGACGAGGACAAGACUGUCGCGCCAGAUUACGCGCUCGAUCAGACUGUCUUGCACAUACAGUCGCCUACUUUGAAAACGACGUACAUACGAUGUCCGCCGGCGGGCUGGACGGGCACUGGGCGGGCGGCGCAUGGCCGUAACGGGGAUUUGGGCAUGCAGCAUCCAUGGAUUCAUCUUCAGGUUCGGACCCUAGGAAGAGAAUGGUCCUUUGAAGUGGGGAUUGUCGACCAGUCUGGGAGGGAAGGGAUUGUGCGGUGCUCUACAUUCCAGAAGGACCCUCAUCUCAAACUGAGCAGUCCUCCUUUGCUUCACCUCCCUCUUGCCUUUCCCCCACCAUCAUCUCACCCGCUGACGUCAUGGAGCACGAUCUCACUGAACCUCCCUUCCCUCCUCCCGCACUUCUCUUCUGCCUCGCUUACGAACGCCCGAGACGAGAAUGAGCGGAAUACCGACAGCCAUUUAUCUCACACGAGGGAUGAUCCCGCUUCUAACAGGAGCCGCGUUCCAGUACCCAGCGGGACGUACUCACAUGUUUCGUACGUCAAGGUGUACGCCACCUGCAGACUGCGAAGAGUAUGGUUCAGUGAAGGAGGGCCUAGACAGCAGGUGCCUUGGGAGUUCGAACUUUACGCUGUUGAUUGA